CGCGUUGCGCCCACCCAGCGGCACCGCAACAACAUCGCCGCGCUGCCGCCUGCCUUCACUCUGCUGCGCGCCUCUCUAGACACCAUAGACACCAUGGCGUCUGCGCUCCUUGCCACACGCCCAUUGGCCCGCGCCGCCGCCCGCAGCACCCAGCACCCCGUCGCCCAAUUCAUCGUGCCCUGCUGCAUUGCCCGCCCCCGGCGGCGAAUCCACUCCUCGCCCGCACACGCCGUCCAGUCCUCCCCGACGAAGCGCUCCGUCGCAGCCGCAAUACCACAAGACCAUGCCGACCACUCCGACCUCCCCACCCCGCACAACACCGCCGCCGGCACCCCCAUAAAGCUGCUCUCGCAGGAGCAGCACGACUUCCUCGACUCGGCGCUGCGCGUCAACCAGGCCGGCGAGCUCGCCGCAGUCCUCAUCUACGCAGCGCAAACCCCACCUCUCCUCCGCGCACACCCGCACCUAAAGGGCCUCAUGAAGCACAUGCACGACCAGGAAGUCGGCCACUUCCGCUACUUCAACUCGAUACUCGCAAAGCACCGCGUCCGCCCCACCGCCAUGUAUCCCGUCUGGCACGCCGCCGCCACCGUCCUCGGGUGGGGCACCGCCGUCAUCGGCAAGGAGGCCGCCAUGGCCUGCACCGAGGCCGUCGAGACCGAGAUCGGGACCCAUUACAACGAGCAGGUGCGCGUGCUGCUGGACUGGGCCGACAAGCUCGAGGCCCGGGGCGAGACGCUGGGCGACGAGCUGACGGUGCUGAUUGACGAGUUGAGGCGGAUACGGGACGAGGAGCUCGAGCAUCUGGAUCAUGCCGUGGAGAAUGACAGCAAGGAGGCGAAGCCCUAUGAGCUGCUGACCAAUGUUAUAAGAGGGGGCUGUCGGACGGCAAUUUGGAUUAGCGAGAGAGUGUAAGAUGACCAUGUGUAUUUGUAUCGAGAUAUGGUGUACGAUGCUGGCGACCACACCGCUGCUCACCCACGUUAAACCUAAACGACGAAACGUUUGUGUAUUCUACUAGACGAUUGCGUUGGAUUCACACAUGUACUUUGUGCUUGUAACUAUGUAUCUGUCUUCUCGUGUUUUGUAACUGUACCAUAUGUAGCGUAUCCCGUAUCCGUCUCUCUUCGAUCUUACGAACAUUUCAGCUUGCAUAGAUUUCAAUUCAAGGCCACGUAUU